GGAUGGCCAAUCAGAGAAACGACUACAGUGAUCUGUGAAAGUGUGUGGAUCUGAUCAGCUGAGAGACGUCUCAUAGUGAGUUCAUGAAGAUUCACUUCUGAAGUUGCUGAAACGGCUGAUGUCAAUCUAACUCAGACGUCUCCGUGAGUUUGUACUGUGAGAUCAUUGAUGGUUUUCAGAUGGAGUCAUACAGCAGCGACUCAGGAGACGAGCGGUCUGAUCCGGCUCAGGAAUCUCAGAAUUUUGAUUCAGGAUCAUUUGGGGUCAAAGUGCAGGUCCAGGGGAUCAACGGUCGUCCGUAUGUGGUCCUCAACGGUCAAGGAAAAACUUCUCCUGAGUAUCCUGAUGUCUUUCUCAUGGAUCAUCAGCAGCAGGCAUUGCUCUCAUAUAUGAGUGGAAGUGCUUCAAGUACCCAAACACCUCGGACAGACUUUCGAUCUUUGAGGACACGUAGGAAUGCAUCGACGCAGCUAUUAAACUGCCAGAAAAGUCCUGAGAUUCUCAAAACGUACGAUCUCAGAAACAACAGUCUGAACAUAGCACAGAGUCCUCCGUACCACAGAAACACAGUAACUGAGUCUGGUGAAGUCUGCAUGAACGCCUCACCUGUGAUGGUAAAGCGAGCCAGGAUUCCUCUGCCAGCAGUGGGCCAGGAGAGGGAACUAUCAGUAGAUAACCCUCCAAGUCAAACAUCUGACAUCAUCUGUAGUCUAUCUGUACCCGCCUCAGUUGAUGAUCCUACAGAAAACAUGGAGCAGUACAGCACGAGGCCAAACCACAGAGAAUCACCUCGGGUCAGUCGAGUAGAUCAACGGAGCCGAGCGAGACCCGAAGACAAGGGACGGUCGAGAAGUGCAGCGACGAUAUCAGGGCUUGAAAUGGAAGUGGAGAGUUUCCCCGAUUCUACGGAUGUGUCGACCGUAGUCAGACAGCAGAAUGAGGUCAGAUCUCCAAGAUCAACAGGACAACAAAAGAAGGUGAAGACUGAGAGGUCAAAGGCCACUCCUGAUCUGUUGAAAGGACAGCAGGAACUUCCCGAUCAUCCUGAUGAGAAAAAAGCAAAACUGGUGAUGUUUAACUACCUCAAAGAGAGGUCCAGUGACGAUGAAGAUGUGAUCAGGCAGAAGGUGGAUGUGAUAUUUCAGAAGAUCAACAUGUUGAAGUCCAGGACAACAUUGGAGACACUGGAGGAGUGGUUUCAGUUGGCAGAUCGUCAUACGGAGGUGAAUGAUCUUAAAGACAGAAGGGCGGCGCUAGAGAAUGAGAUCUCUUACUUAAAACAACAGCUUCAGCAAGCAAACAAGAAAAGUGAGGAGAAACAAGAGAGACUGCAGGAGGAGCUCGAGAGAAGCCAACAAGAGCAGCUUGAACUUCGCCAUAGACUUACAGACAUGGAGAAAGACCUACAGUCAUCACUGGACCAACUCCUCCAGGCAAAGAGAGCAAGAGAUCAGUGUCGUGCUGAUAUGAGGGAUCUACAACAGCAGCUUUCUGACAUUCAUGAUGAGUUAGACACCACCAAGAGCUCAGAUGCUGGUGAGAGAGACAGACUUCUGCAGGAUUUAUCUGAGUUACGUGAAGAGUUUCAGGCCCUGCAGGAGGUUUAUGAGGAGCAGGGUGAUGCUUUACUCCGCAGAGAGAGAGAGCUCAUGGCCCUACAGGGGGCGCUAGAAGAGGAGAAGUCGGCCCACGUCAAAGAUGUAGAGACCCUGAAGGAGACACACCAGCAGGAGGUUCAGAAACUGCUCGAAGCAACAGAAGAGGCCAAAGAGAGUUUGGAGGUUCUGAGACAGAAGGUUCUGGAGGUGGCAGCAGAGAAAUCUGCCACUCAGAUCCACAUCUGUGAACUGAGCCGGACUAAAGCAGAACUCCAGGAGAAGAUCAAAUCAUUAGAAGAGCAAAUCAUCUCUCUCAAUGAGACCAUACAGCAGAGAGAAAACCAGACGACUUUGCUUGAACAACAUGUGGACCAGCUGACGAUGGAGAAACAGAAUCUAGAGGUGGAGCUGAUGGAGAUCAAACAGCAGGAGGAGGAGAUGUGUGGAGCAAACCGAGCUCUCAUGAGACAUCUGGAGGACACACAGAGUGAGUUGAGCCGGCUGAAUCGAGCUCAUCGUGAGCUGAAGGAGAGACUUCAGGAGGAGAGUAAACAGAUGGGGGAGCUACAGAAGAGAAAGAGUGAUUUAGAGGAGGAGAGGAAAAACCAGAACCGAGUGUUUGAGCACCUGCAGGAGGAGAUGAAUGCAGUGGUUCUGGGUUCUGAGCGAGAGACACAGCGUUUACAGGAUGAGGUGGACACAAUCAGAGAUCAGAACUGGAGAGAACUUGAUGCUCUACACACACAACUGCACAACACACAAACUCAACUACAGACACAAACACAGGCUGCUCAGGAGUACCAGAGAGAGCGGUGUGUGUUAGAGGAGAAACUGUCUCACUGUGAGUUUGAUCUGAAUGAGGCCACAAAGAGAACAGAAGAGCUGCAGAAGAGAAUUCAACAACUGGAAGAGAACAAACACACACAUGAAGAAAAACAACUAAACCUCAUGGAGGUAAAGGUGUUUGAUUUGGAGCAGUGUUUGAUGGAGGAACGCAGAAGCUCAGAUGUACUCAUGAAGACACUGGAGAGAGGGAGAGAGCAGAUCGAGCAAGCAAGAACAGAUCUUCUACAGGAGAGAUCCGCUCGACAAGAUCUGGAAUGUGACAAGAUCAGUUUAGAGCGACAGAAUAAAGACCUGCGGGGCCGAGUGUCACAGCUGGAAGCUUCUCAGAGGACGGGAGCGGACGCGCUGCUCAUCAAACUCCAGCUGAACGUCCAAGAGCUGGAAGAGAAACUUCUGGAAGAAGAGAAAGAGAACAGCGACCUACAGCAGCAGAACCGUAAACUAGAACGUAAGAUGAAGGAGGUGAAGUUGCUUCAGGAGGAAGAGCGUCUGUCUCUUCAGGAUCAAAGAGAUCAGCUGAUGCUGCGUCUGAAGAGCCUGAAGCGACUCCUGGACGAGGCAGAGGAGGAGAUCCAGAGGUUAGAGAACAGUAAGAAGAAACUUCAGAGAGACGUAGACGAGCAACAGGAGCUGAAUGACCAGCUACAGACUCAACUGUCUGCUCUCCGCAUCGAGAUCAGGCGUGAUAAGAGAUCAAACACACUCCAGGCUACUGAUGAAGAUGAUGAAGAUGAGAGAGCCGUCAGUUCAGACUGACACAAAAUAACUAGUAGACACUUUAACUCAUUUCAACUAAUAUAUAAUCAUUUCAACAUCCUGACCUGAUCAUGCUUCUUAACUCAACCUUUAGUUAUUGUGGUAAGAUUGUAUUGUUUACCACAGUAAAGACCUCAUAUAAUUUACUCUGAUUUUACAGUAAGAUCAGUGUGUAAUGUACUGUAUGUGGCAUCUCAUCUCUCUGUAGAGAUUCAUGUCUUGUGACAUUAUUGUGUGUUUGAUUAUUUCAUUCAUGUCAGUCCAUUUGGAAAUUCAAAAAUAAAUAUGGUACUCAUAAGUUUA